CCAGAACCCACAGAGGUUUUCGAAGUGGAUCGUCGACGUUUAGCCACAGGAGAUUCUAGCAUAUAUAUUCCGAGUUGAGAAACGUUAACCACAACAGAUUCAGCUAUAUAUUCUGAAGCAGAUUGUGAUCGCAUAGGACACCGAGUUUAUUCACGAACUGGUUUUUGGCAAGUGACGUGAAAGAAAACCUCUGGAAAAGUGCUCGGACGAAACCAAACCCAAGUUUUGUGUAUAUAUUGAACAAUGGGUCUCAUUCUGACUAGAAUUCUCUCUUUGAUACAGAGCAAAAAACCCUGUAGGAUAUUAAUGGUCGGUCUUGACGGCGCAGGGAAGACUACGAUACUCUACAAACUAAAAUUGGGGGAAAUUGUGACUACGAUUCCAACAAUUGGUUUCAACGUCGAGACAGUGGAGUACAAGAACAUAAGUUUCACAGUGUGGGACGUUGGCGGCCAGACAAAGAUUCGUCCAUUGUGGAGGCAUUACUUCCAAAACACCUCCGCCAUCAUCUAUGUAAUAGAUUGCAACGACCCCGAGAGACUAGCAGAAGCGAAGGAGGAAUUAGACAUCUUGUCCCAGGACGCAGAGCUCGAGAACUGCCCACUGCUCGUCAUGGCCAACAAGCAAGACCUACCACAGGCAGCCUCGCCUUCUUUCGUCACAGACGCCCUCAACCUCAGAGACCUGAGACGCCCCUGGUUUGUCCAGGCCACCUGCGCUGUCAACUCCACGGGCAUCUACGAGUCCCUAGACUGGCUGGCAAAGGAAGUUUCGAAUUAAAAGGGAAAUUUUUUCUAGGAUAUCGACUGAUUUACAACACUAUUACUCUUUAGGCUUAUAGUACUCUGCGUGCUGUCUUGUUCAGAUUCUAGACCUAUAAAUGUAUUAUUUUGUACUAAUAAAAUACACCUAAGCCAA